AUGGCACAAGGCGUACAUUCGGGACAGAGAGGAUUUUUGGACUUCAGUCCAACAAGGAGAGACUACACAGACAAAGAGAACGAUGUUCCCGUCCUGAGUUUGAUCCAGUUUUCAAAGGCUCCUUUCGUAACCUUUGGAUCGGUUAAGCUGGGUACCUCCAAGUCGGCUGUUCUGAGGAUUGAGAACCCUACAGAGUAUGCUGCAGCGGAGGUUUCUGUUGACAAGAUCCCCUCAAGUAAAGGCUUUUCAGUGGACUGCAGCACGUUCAAAAUCCAGCCUGGGGGCUCGUUCACUCUGGUGGUGACUUGGACGCCAACUGAAGAAGGUGGGAUCAGAGAGCUCAUCGUCUUAAAUGCCAAUGGUGUCCUCAAACACCAGGCUGUCCUGCUGGGGAGAGCAGAGGCACCAAAAAGGAAAAAGAAGACCUUAUGGGACACAAUCAAAAGCAAGAGAGAGGGUGAAAAAAUCACAACACUCAGAAGGAAGGUCGAGCACCCCCCUCUCAAGAUGGCUGCCAAUAAAACCUUCCAAGUGUCUCGAAAUCCACAGUACAAACGGGACAAGCCACGCAGCCCGCUUGCUUCACUUAAUGAGGGCAAAGGUGCCAUAGAGAGGUCCCUAAUCCCCGCUGGGGAUCGCUGCCUGAAAUCAGACAAGCAGAAAGCCUUAAAUCUGAGCCAGGAGCAGCAAUCUCUGGUCUUGCCAGAAAAGGAGAACGUCCAACAACUUAAUAGGAACUCUCCGCUGGUUUUGCUUGUCCCGGCCGCACAGGUGGUAGACUCUGGUAGCAUGUCCGCGAGCCCAGAUGUCCUUGCAGGAAAACCUGAAAACAAAGAUCUUACCAAAAUCCUCAACAGGACGCUGUCGCCAAUUGGGACGCCAGAGAGGUUUAAGAAGCUCAUGCCUUGGAUUGAGCCAGAAAACCCACUUCCUGCUACUGCAAAGUCUGCAGCUGCUGCUGCUGACAGUGAGUUACCUAGAAGCCCCCUCCCGUCUUUGAAAGAGGCCCUGUUUCUCAUCGACUCUGAUCUGAUCGAUGUUAACACCAGCCCUCCAGAUAAUAAUUCGAGCUGUAACUUUUCAGAUUCGCUCGAAUCUAACAGUGAAAAACACGGCUGUCGACCUGACACAGAUGUCCUCAAAGCGUCAUCUGGUAGCCUCGAGUUUUCAGAGUCCAGUGAGCCCAGAGUUACUUUCUUUGUCAGCAAAAAGGCAGAGAAAGUGGGAGAGCUGGGCGUUUCAGAGGCUGAUAAACUUCCUGAAAGGACAAAAAAAGGUUCUUUCACCUCUGCCACAGUGACAAAGGGUAAGGCACCGGUGGAGGUGAAUAGUUCAAGUGGAAGGAAAAUAAAGAAGUCACGACGAAGGCUCCUGCAGAAAACGCUGGAGCUGUCUGAUGGCAGCAGUCCGUGUGAGUUGGGUCCAGGAAGUCCUAGCCUUCCUGUCAUAGACUCGGACAAAGGAAUCAGCCCGUGUGAUGACAAACCUCAGGUCCCAGAGUUUAUCUCCUCCAGCACCAGCCCGAGGCUUGCUGCCUCACCUGCACCCAUCACCUUCCCUGUCUCCUCCCCUCCACCCGUGGCUCCUUCUCGCUUUUCUUUCUCAGUAACGUCCCCACCUCAUUCGGUCCUUGCUUCCGUUGCUUUUACCGUCGCCUCUCCAACGCCUGUGGGCUCAUCUUCUCCUCAUCAUCAUGACCUCUUGUCAAACUCUAAAGUGUACGAGCAGCCCCUAGCAUUUUUUAAACCUCCUCAUGUUCAGGAACACUUGUUUCCUGUUCACGUAGUAGUGAAGAGCAAGAAGAGGAAGAGUGAGGAAUUUCUGAAAACUGACGGGAAGAUUGAAGAUGACAGGAAAACUGAGCAGGUAAAAAGGAGCAAGGUAGUGCCUGGGAAAACCGAGUCCUCCCGAUCAGUCCAGGAGAGGAGAGGUGCAUCACAAAGGCAGAGAACAUCAGGCUCAGUACGCUCAGUGACUGCACCAUCUCUAAAGACUAUGAAGUCUGCAGUUCCCGCCCAGGCUAAGCUACCAAACUCCAAAGCCGCACCUGGUGCUCCCUCUAUGAAGACAGCAAAAGUAAUCGCUGUGGCACAGUCGAAGCUGAGCUUUAUUAAGCCUGCACAAACGGCUUUACCCAGACACCCGAUGCCGUUUGCUGCCAAGAACAUGUUUUACGACGAGAGGUGGAUAGAGAAGCAGGAGAGGGGUUUCACAUGGUGGAUCAACUACGUCCUCACCCCAGAUGACUUUAAGGUCAACACCGAAGUCGCCAAAGUAAAUGCUGUGUCCCUUGCUAUGGGCGGUGACGACAAGUAUAGUGUGCCCAAAGCUCCCACCAAAGAGGAGAUGUCCUUCAGCACUUACACAGCCAGACGCAAGCUAAAUCGCCUCCGUCGCUCCGCCUGCCAGCUGUUCACAUCUGACGCCAUGGUCAAGGCCAUUCAGAGGCUCGAACUGGAGGUGGAGGCCAGGCGGCUGCUUGUCAGGAAGGACCGCCACCUUUGGAAGGACAUAGGUGAACGCAAAAAAGUCCUCAACUGGCUCCUCUCGUACAACCCUCUGUGGUUACGGAUCGGACUUGAGACGAUCUACGGAGAGUUGAUCUCACUGGAAAGCAACAGCGACACCUUGGGCCUGGCUGUGUACAUCCUCCAGCGACUGCUGUGGAACCCGGAUAUUGCUGCAGAGUUCAGACACCCCCGAGUGCCCAACCUUUACAAAGAUGGCCACGAGGAGGCGCUGUCCCGCUUCACUUUGAAGAAGCUGCUGCUGCUCGUGUGUUUCCUGGACAAAGCCAAAGAGUCCCGGCUCAUUGAACACGACCCCUGUCUGUUCUGUGUUGAUGCUGAGUUCAAGGCAAGUAAAGACCUGCUGCUGGCCUUCUCAAGGGACUUCCUAAGCGGAGAGGGGAUCCUCCCGCGGCACCUCAGCUACCUCGGGUUACCCGUCUCCCACGUUCAGACACCCCUGGACGAGUUCGACUUUGCUGUGAAGAAUUUGGCAGUUGACUUAAAAUGUGGCGUCCGUCUAGUGCGAGUGAUGGAGCUCCUUGUCCAGGACUGGAGUUUGUCUGUGAAGCUCCGCCUGCCGGCCAUCAGCCGCCUGCAGAAGGUCCACAACGUCGAUGUCGCUCUACAAGUUCUCAAAAGCAAAGGGAUCGACCUCAAGGAUGAACGUGGCUCAAACAUUGAUUCAAGAGACAUUGUGGAUGGACACAGAGAAAAGACGCUGAGCCUGCUGUGGAAAAUCAUCUUUGCAUUUCAUGUGGAGGUGAUUCUGAAUGAGGAUCAACUCAAGGAGGAGAUUGGCUUUCUGAAGAAAACCCUGAGGACUAAACGGAGGCUAGCAUCUCUAAGGGCCGAUCGGGGUCUUCGGCAGACGCCUGCAAAGAGCAGAGUCCCGUACGAACAUGGCAGCACCAAAGUUACCCUGCUUAUGGACUGGGUCCGUUCCGUUUGUGACUUUUACAACCUGCAGGUGGAGAACUUCACCGUGACGUUCUCGGAUGGCCGCGUCCUGUGCUACCUUAUCCACCACUACCACCCGGGUCUCCUGCCAGAAGCGUCUGUCAGUCACCGCACCACUCAGACUGUCGAGUGCUCACCAAGAGGCCGGCUGGAGCUCAGCUGCUCAGCCAGCGACUCUGACAGCUCCUUUGACUCCCUGCCCACAGGCCCAAACGGACCUGAUUCUCCAUCGCUGGAGUUUAAAGAGCUACUGAAGAACGAGAAAAGCAACUUCAAACUGGUCAACAGUGCGGUGUCUUUUCUGGGCGGUGUGCCUGCCAUGAUCAACCCGGCCGACAUGUCCAACACUAUCCCCAAUGAGAAGGUGGUGAUGUCGUACUUGUCCUUCCUGUGCGCUCGCCUGUUGGACCUGCGGGACGAAACCAGAGCUGCGCGGGUCAUACAGGGAUCCUGGAGGAAAUACAAGCUCAAGAAAGAUUUAGAACUCUACAAGGAAAGAAACAUGGCUGCCAUGAAAAUUCAAGGAGUUGUGAGGAAUUUUCUUCAGAGGCGCAGAGCUAAGAGGCAGAACCAGGCUGCUGUUGUCAUCCAGACCUCAUGGAGAGGUUAUGCAGCCCGCAAAAAGCUGAGACAGGCUCAACUUCGGGCUAUGCAGCAUGAAGCAGCAACCAUCAUCCAGGCUGAGUGGAGGAUGUUUUCAACCAUGAGGGCUUACCAGUGCCUCAGAUAUCAUACAAUUGUUGUCCAAGCACAAUGGCGAAUGAGGAGGGCGGCUUCUGCUUAUGGGAAAAUCUACUGGGCGACGACAGUCAUUCAGAAGGUUUCACGAGCAUGGGCCAUUUCAAAAAGAGAGAGAGCACAUUAUCUCUUACUUAGGAGCGCUGUGGUAAAAAUACAAAGAGGCUAUAGAAGAUGGAAAGCUCAGAAAAUACAAAAGGAAAACUGCGCGGCCAGAGUGAUACAAGCUGCUUUUAAGAAAUGGUACGGAAGAAAAAUGUCCCAAAGAACUGCCGCUGCUGUGAGAAUCCAGUCCUGGUACAGGAUGCAAAAGUGUCUCAAUCGGUACAGAAAGAUCAAGGGAAGUGCUUUGCUCAUUCAAGCCCAGUACAGAGGCCUUGCACAGAGGCGCCAUUUUCACAUAUUAAAACUGCAGCACCACUCAGCUGUUGUCAUCCAGAGUGCCUUCAGAGGGCACGCUGUCAGAAAAGAAGUGGCGGAAAUGAGGUGUGCUGCAGUCGUAAUCCAGCGCUGGUUCAGAGCUUCCAUGACAAGAGACGCGGAGAGGAAAAAGUUUGUCAGGAUGAAAUGCGCGGCUGUUACCGUACAGGCAGCGUAUCGUGGGAAAGUGGCUCGAGAUUCUCUGAAAAAACGGGACAGGGCAGCAGCUGUGAUCCAGGCAGCUUUUAGGAAGCACGCUGCCCGUAGGCGCUACCUGAUCUUGAAAAGAGCUGCAGUUCUAAUACAGCAAAAGUACAGAGCAACACUUUUGAGUCGCAAGACAAAGAAUGAAUAUAACUCUCUGAGGGCCGCUGUGCUCACUGUGCAAGCUAACUGGAGAGGCAGAGCGGACAGGAAGAGGAUAGAAAAGUGGCAUCAGUCUGCAUCUUUUAUACAGGCUUGUUAUCGUCGGCACAAAGUGCAAGCAGAGUACAGAGCCAAGAGGGCAGCAGCUGUGGUUCUACAGAGCCAUUACAGAGCUUAUUUGGCUGGAAGGGAGAUGAGGAGAGCAUACCUAGAGAAGAAAGCGUCAUCCAUUACUCUCCAAGCUGCAUUCAGAGGCAUGAGAGUUAGGGCAGAGCUGAAGAAAAAGCGCCAGGCAGCGACUGUCAUUCAGGCUUUAGCCAGGAUGUUUUUAUGUAGGAAACGUUAUCUUCUCCUUCACAGUGCGGCGAUUGUCAUCCAAAGCCGAUACAGAGCUCUUUUGCUGUGCAGGGUGCAGCAAAAUGAAUUCAGGAAACUUAAGCAGGCGACUGUUAAGAUACAAGCUGUGUUUCGGGGAUUUAGAGAAAGGCAGGACUUGAAGAGCAGACAUAAAGCAGCCAGAGCAAUCCAAGCUCACUUCAGGAUGCACAGAAUGCGUGUGGCUUACCUUGCCCUUAAGUGUGCCGCCAUCAUUAUUCAGGAAAGGUACAGGGCCAAACGGCUCAGGGAUCAACAGAUGCAGAGUUACAGAACAAUGAAACAUGCAGUCAUAGUAAUCCAAGCAGCAUACCGUGGCCACAAGGCCAGGAGGAAGAUUGCAGACAUGCACCAAGCUGCUACAGUCAUUCAGAGAAAGUUUCUGGCAAUCCGAGAUAGAAAGCAGUUCCUGGCUGUCAGAGUGGCAGUUUUGGGCUGUCAGCAGAGGUACAGAGCAGUAACCUUGGCAAGAAAAGCACGGCUGGACUAUCUGUCAAAGAGAAGGGCAGUAGUUUGUCUACAGGCAGCUUACAGAGGAUAUGUAGUUCGAAAGCGGCUGUGUGUUGAGCACAUGGCAGCUGUAACAAUUCAGUCUCACUAUAGAAUGUACCAGCAAAAAAGCAAAUACAAGAGGCUCCGCUGGGCAGCCACUGUAUUGCAAACACGUUACAGAGCUAACAAAAAGAUGAGAGCAGAGGUGCACGCCCUGAGUGUUAAGAAAAAUGCAGCUGUUGUCUUACAAGCUGCCUUCCGUGGAAUGAAAUCCAGACAGAUGAUCAAACAAAAGCAUCAAGCUGCCAGUGUUAUCCAGAGAGCUUAUAGAGCUCACUGCGAACACAGGGAGUAUCUCACUCUGAAAUCCUCUGUCCUGACUGUUCAGAGAAGAUAUCGAGCGUCUGUAGCAGCAAAGAAACAGUUGCAAACAUAUCAGAAACUGCGCAGAGCUGCUGUUGUUCUUCAGGCCACGUACAGAGGGCAGCAGAUCAGACAGGAAGUAGCUCGUUGGCAUCAAGCUGCUACUGUGAUCCAGUCUGCCUUCAGAAGGCACAGAGAAGAAGUCAAAUUCCAGGCCAUGCGUCUGUCUGCCAUCAUCAUCCAGAGACGUUAUCGGGCUCGUGUUCUUCAGAUGCAAGAAAAGGAACACUUCCUAAAAAUGAGACAUUCUGCUGUGGUCCUACAAGCAGCUUUCAGAGGUCAUCGUGUCAGGUCUGACAUUGCCAAGAUGCACAGAGCAGCUACUGUCAUUCAAGCAAACUUCAGGAGAUAUAAACUUCAGUCAGAGUUCAGGAGACAACGCUGGGCAACCUGUGUCUUACAGCAGAGGUUCAGAGCUCAAAGAACCAGAAACCUUGUUGUGAAACAUUAUCAAGAGGUUAGAAAAGCUGCCAUCAUUCUACAGGCUGCAUAUCGUGGAAUGAAGUCACGACAGAUGAUCAAACAAAAGCAUCAAGCUGCCAGUGUUAUCCAGAGAGCUUAUAGAGCUCACUGCGAACACAGGGAAUAUCUCACUCUGAAAUCCUCUGUCCUGACUGUUCAGAGAAGAUAUCGAGCGUCUGUAGCAGCAAAGAAACAGUUGCAAACAUAUCAGAAACUGCGCAGAGCUGCUGUUGUUCUUCAGGCCACGUACAGAGGGCAGCAGGUCAGACAGGAAGUAGCUCGUUGGCAUCAAGCUGCUACUGUGAUCCAGUCUGCCUUCAGAAAACACAGAGAAGAAGUCAAAUUCCAGGCCAUGCGUCUGUCUGCCAUCAUCAUCCAGAGACGUUAUCGGGCUCGUGUUCUCCAGAUGCAAGAAAAGGAACACUUCCUAAAAAUGAGACAUUCUGCUGUGGUCCUACAAGCAGCUUUCAGAGGUCAUCGUGUCAGGUCUGACAUUGCCCAGAUGCACAGAGCAGCUACUGUCAUUCAAGCAAACUUCAGGAGAUAUAAACUUCAGUCAGAGUUCAGGAGACAACUCUGGGCAACCUGUGUCUUACAGCAGAGGUUCAGAGCUCAAAGAACCAGAAACCUUGUGGUUAAACAUUAUCAAGAGGUUAGAAAAGCUGCCAUCAUUCUACAGGCUGCAUAUCGUGGAAUGAAGUCACGACAGAUGAUCAAACAAAAGCAUCAAGCUGCCAGUGUUAUCCAGAGAGCUUAUAGAGCUCACUGCGAACACAGGGAGUAUCUCACUCUGAAAUCCUCUGUCCUGACUGCUCAGAGAAGAUAUCGAGCGUCUGUAGCAGCAAAGAAACAGUUGCAAACAUAUCAGAAACUGCGCAGAGCUGCUGUUGUUCUUCAGGCCACGUACAGAGGGCAGCAGGUCAGACAGGAAGUAGCUCGUUGGCAUCAAGCUGCUACUGUGAUCCAGUCUGCCUUCAUAAGGCACAGAGAAGAAGUCAAAUUCCAGGCCAUGCGUCUGUCUGCCAUCUUCAUCCAGAGACGUUUUCGGGCUCGUGUUCUUCAGAGGCAAGAAAGAGCAAAGUUUUUGAAGUUAAAACAAUCCACCAUAGUUCUCCAGGCAGCAUUGAGAGGCUGGCGCAUCAGGAGGGAUGUUAGUCGACAAAAUCAUGCUGUUGUUGUAAUCCAGUCAUGCUGGAGAUGUUUGGUGGAACGGCGUAUCUUCCAAAGAAAGAAAGAUGCAGCUGUGAAACUCCAGCGGAGGAUUCGAGCAGUGCAGCUCGGCAGGCAGGAGAGAAGCAAAUACAUCCAAGUGAGGCAAGCUGCCAUCACACUUCAGAAACAUUGGCAAGCCUGGAUUGCAAGACAGCAGGUACUAAAGGCCGCUCGUGCAGAGAGGAGGCUACGUUUUACAUCAGCAAUAUUUCACCAUCUCAGUGCCAUAAAGAUCCAACGAGCAGUCAGAGCUCACUGGGCUUUGGAGUCAGCUAAAAGACAGAUCCAUUCUGUUAUCACCAUACAGCGACUGGUGAGAGCGAGGCAACAGAGAAAACACUAUCUGGAGUACAAGCGGAAGGUUGUUACAGCUCAGAGAGCAGUCAGGCACUGGCUAGUUCGUCGCCACAAGGCUGCGACUGUCAUCCAGCAGGCUGUCCGGAAAUUCCUCCUCCUCAGGCGGCAGAAGAGGGUUCAGCAGGGUAUUCUCAAGGCCCAGGCUCUGUGGAGAGGACAUUGCUCCCGCAGAUUGAAUGACAAUCCCAAGAUUGUAAAGCUGAGGCACCGCUUACGUCUGGUCAGUGCCAGUGUCCGAGAGGAAGACAAACUGUGCAACAAAACUUCAUCUGCACUGGACUACCUUCUUCGUUAUAAACACUUCUCGUACAUUCUGGAGGCCUUGAAAAAUCUUGAAACCGCCACCAGGCUGUCCCCAGAGUGCUGCGAGCGGCUGGUGGAGAGCGGAGCCACUAACGUCAUUUUCACACUAAUCCGCUGCUGUAACAGGAGCGUCCCCUGCAUGGACGUCAUCACCUUCUCCAUUCAGAUACUUCUCAACCUUUCCAAGUACCACAAGACCAUUGAGGCGGUUUAUUCAGUGGAAAACUCUUUGGAAACGCUGCUGGACCUGCUGCAGAGAUACCGGGAGAAGGCAGGGGAUAAAGUGGCAGAAAAGGGUGGAAGCAUCUUCACUAAGGCCUGUUUCCUUCUUGCGCUCCUGCUGCAGGACAAGCAACGCGCUGAGGAGGUCAAAAAGCUACCCAAGGUCUUGGAUAGGAUCCACAGUAUUUACCGCCUCACUGCUCGCAAACACAAGAUGGACACAGAAAGAACAAUCAUCAAGCAGAAGAUGAGCGCGUCGAUCAACGGGAGCGUCUUUGUUCCAGCGACGCCUCGUAAAUCCCGCGCUGCACCAAAAUUUGCACCAGAUUGGGUUCUCCGACGAGAUAAGCUCAAAGACAUUGUGGACCCCCUCAGGGCCAUUCAGAUGGUGGCGAACACACUGUCUAUUGUGCUGUAAAUAGAC